ACACAUCACAACAUGAUUCAAAGAACAUUAUUGCGCACCUCGCGCGUCGUCCGUCCCUCCUUCCGCCCCCAGGUCGCACUUCGCACUUCCAGUCCCUCAUAUCUGCGCGCCACGCAGCCCGGAGUAGUUUCGCGAUGGUACUCCGAAGCCAGCGAGUCGAAGAAAGAAGACAACGCGAAACCCGCUGAGACAGAGACCAAAACCGAACCCGAAGACCCGGUCAAGAAGGAGCUCGAGGCGAGGAACAAGGAGGUUGUCGAGCUAAAGGACAAGUACCUACGCUCAGUCGCCGACUUCCGCAACCUACAAGAGCGCACCAAGCGAGAAGUCUCUGCCGCAAAGGACUUUGCCCUCUCGCGCUUCUCCCGCGAUCUCAUCGAGUCCAUCGACAAUCUCGACCGCGCGCUCGAGAACACACCGCAAGCCGCGCUCGCCGAGGGCGCGAAUACCGAUCUGGCCAACCUGCACUCCGGUCUGCGCAUGACGGAGACGAUCCUCAUGGGCACGCUGAAGAAGCAUGGGCUGGAGCGGUUCGACCCGAGCCCUGAGGGCGAGAAGUUUGAUCCGAAUGUGCACGAGGCGAUAUUCAUGACACCGCAGGGGGAUAAGGAGGAUGGGACGUGUUUUACCACUCAGCAGAAGGGCUUCAAGUUGAAUGGCAGGGUGAUACGGGCGGCAAAGGUGGGCGUGGUGAAGAACUCAUAGAUGGUCUCGUCGCUUUGCCUUGUUUUGAUAAAAGUGCUGUUCGGCUUGCUAAGAAUGUUUCUCCACGUUUAUACUUGCUGUUGCAGCAUAGCUUGCAGGCUAAUCCUACUUGUACAUAUAUUCCUCCUCCCUCACGACCGAUCUGUACUACAUAGAUGAGAACCUGUAAAAGUAACAUUAUAAUUGGAUAAGGAAAAGGACAAAGGGACUUGCAGUCCUCUAACUUCAGAUGCCCUCCAUGAA